AAGGAAUUAAUCUGGAUCGAACAUUCGAACUAAACCCUCAAAUAUCACAGCGAGUGCGUCCUCCUCGCGAGGGUUUCUUUUGCGCGAGAAGCUGCAAUGGACGCUCGUGGUAAGAAGCGGAAAUCCAGGAGGGGGAGACGAAGGAGGAAAGCGUUGCAACACCAGCACCCCGAAGCCCCGGAGGAGGAGCAGACAACGGAAUCUACCACCCCAUCGCAGCCGCCGCAUCCGAAGCGGAGAAGGAUGGAUGCCGCUCCCAACUCCACGAACCGGCCCAGCUUCCUUGACAAGAUGCGAGUUAGGUUAUCUGGAGGACAUUUCAGAAUGAUAAACGAGAAACUGUAUACUUGCAAUGGAAAUGAGGCAUUCAACUUGUUCAAGAAUGAUCCACAACUAUUUGAUGUGUAUCAUGCAGGGUAUCAAGAGCAAAUGUCUCAUUGGCCAGAGCAGCCAGUCAAUAUCAUCAUCAGAUGGCUAAAGAGCCACAGCACUUCCUUGAUUGUCGCUGAUUUUGGUUGUGGGAAUGCAAGCCUUGCAAAAAAUGUAAAGAAUAAAGUUUUUUCUAUUGAUCUUGUUUCAAGUGAUCCAUCAGUAAUUGUUUGUGACAUGUCUCAUACACCGUUGGACAAUUCAUCUGUAGAUGUUGCUGUCUUCUGUCUUUCGUUAAUGGGGACCAACUUCCCCAAUUAUUUGCAGGAAGCAAAAAGAGUUUUGAAGCCACGUGGCUGGCUUUUGAUAGCUGAAGUACAAAGUAGGUUUGAUCCAGGCAAUGGAGGAGCUGACCCAGAUAAAUUUUGCGAAGCUAUCAAUAAACUUGGGUUUUCUUUAGUUUCCAAGGACUCCACAAAUAAAAUGUUUCUUCUGUUCUACUUCAAGAAGAAGGAAAAAAUUUCAGAAGUGAGAAACAUUGAAUGGCCAGAGUUGAAACCUUGCAUCUAUAAACGUCGCUAAGUUCUCAUUGCUGAUUGUGGGAAGCCUCCUUUCUGGUUGCCUUUUCUUUCUUUGGUGCAAAUCAAAUUUUGUUUAGAAUAGUCCGCAAUUUUGUAUAUUUGCCAACAAAAGAAACAAACUGGAAAGGGCCAUACUGGAUUCUUCAUUGUGUUAAAUUUUAACAAUCACCAGAUUUUUCUUCUGUUUACCGCAAAAGAAGCCAUAGAUUUUCUGUUGGUCUA